AUGGGUCCUCCUGACAAUAGUUUCUUUUCCUUCCUUACGUUCCUCUUGUUUACUCGGGGAGUGUUUUCACAAAACCAGCCUGUCUUCCCCCAACCCGGUUUUGGCCAACAGCCACUUUUUCCACAACCAGGCUCUGCUCUGGUGCCGGUGUUCCCUCAGCCCGGUACUGGACAGCCUACUGGUGGCCAGCCGGUGUUCCCUCAACCCGGUACUGGACAGCCUACUGGUGGUCAGCCAGUGUUCCCUCAGCCCGGUACUGGUGGCCAGCCUACUGGUGGCCAGCCAGUGUUCCCUCAACCUGGUACUGGACAGCCUACUGGUGGUCAGCCAGUAUUCCCUCAACCCGGUACUGGACAGCCUACUGGUGGUCAGCCAGUGUUCCCUCAACCCGGUACUGGACAGCCUACUGGUGGUCAGUCAUUGUUCCCUCAACCCGGUACUGGACAGCCUACUGGUGGCCAGCCAGUGUUCCCUCAACCCGGUGCUGGACAGCCUGUUACUCCGCAGCCCGCCGAUCCCCAGUAUACGUCACUGCCCACAUGUCCAGAUGGUCAUGAUCUGAUUUAUCCAGCCCCUGACGGUGCCUUUUUCAAGUUACAAUGCAACUACCAUGGUUGGCAUGGUACUCUCCAGCAAACGACGGCAAACAGCUACCAUGAAUGUAUUGACACAUGCAGCGGAACCGAUGGUUGUCUUGCCAUAAACUGGGACACCCCCAACGGCAAUGGCUGUUAUCUUAUGACAUCCGACCAGCCUGGAAACGUCCCUUGUCCCAACCACGACUUCGCGUACGCUGUGGCUCCACCUACUAUCCCUCAACAAGUUGACCUUACGCCCCGAUGUACCGUGGAAUGCCCUGGAGCAGAUCACCGCCAGUACACUCGCUCCGGCGUGGUCUUCAAGAUGAAUUGUGGCAAGCGUCAUGGUGCGGAGUACUUGGAUACCCAGGACAAGAACUCGCUCAAAGAGUGUAUGGAUGCCUGUGCUGAAUUGACUCCUUGCCACAGUGUCGACUAUCACGCACGUUCCAAGAAGUGCUAUCUCUCCAACCACCAGGGUGAGCCCACUAUUGAUGCUCCGGGAUUCGACAGUGCCUACAGCAUCGGAUGUGAUGGUGCUUGCAAUGACAAGUGUUGCUCUGAUCCCAGCGCAUAA